CCCCCAUAUUUCAAAUUUCAAAUUAUUUGCUGGGACAAGCUGACCUCUCUUCUCUCCUUUCCAUCUCUCGCUGCUGUAGUGCUAACUCCUCGGAAUUUCUCUUUCUCCGCCCAAAUAUACAGUCUUGAAAUAUCUCCGAGAUGUCAACUCCUCAAAAUGAUCCGCUUCAGCAAAUGGAAACAACAUGUGGGUUGUUGCUGCAUGAACUGCAGAUUAUAUGGGAUGAAGUUGGGGAGUGUGAUACUGAGAGGGACAAAAUGCUAUUUGAGAUUGAACGAGAAUGCUUGGAAGUGUAUAGAAGAAAAGUAGAUCAAGCUAACAGGAGCAGGGCUCAGCUAAGGCAGGCUAUUGCUGAUUCAGAAGCGGAGCUUGCAGCUAUCUGUUCUGCUAUGGGGGAGCGCCCCGUGCACAUUAAGCAGUCUGAUCAGAACAAAGGAGGUUUGAAGAUGGAACUUAGAGCCAUUGUUCCAGCACUAGAGGAGAUGCAGAAGAGGAAAUCUGACAGAAAGAAUCAAUUCAUUGAAGUUGCGGAGCAGAUACAUAAGAUUAAGAAUGAAAUCUUUAGGUUUACUUCUACAAGCAUGGUUGUGGAUGAAAGUGAUUUAUCAUUACGAAAGCUCGAAGAAUUGCAUACAGAACUGCAUUCACUUCAAAAAGAAAAGAGUGAACGCUUGAAGCAGGUUCUGGAUCACCUAGGUACUUUGAACUCACUAUGCUCGGUUCUUGGCAUGGAUUUCAAACAUACUAUAAGUGAGGUGGAUCCAAGUCUAGGCGAAUCAGAAGAAAUUAAGAACAUUAGUAAUGAUACCAUACAAAAUUUAGCAGCUGCAAUACAAAGACUACAAGAAGUUAAGUUACAAAGGAUGCAGCAGCUACAAGAUCUUACUACAUCCAUGUUGGAACUAUGGAAUUUGAUGGAUACACCCAUUGAAGAACAAAAGAUAUUUCAGAAUGUUACUUGUAAGAUAGCUGCCAAAGAGCAUGAGAUAACAGAGCCUGACAUGUUGUCUGUGGAAUUCAUUGCUCAUGUUGAGGGAGAAGUGUCCCGUUUGGAAGAACUGAAAGCAAGCAAAUUGAAGGAGCUUGUUUUGAAGAAGAGGUCAGAACUAGAGGAGAUCUAUAGGAAAACACAUAUUGUUGCUGAUUCAGACAGCGCAAUGAGUAUAGCCAUUGAGGCUAUUGAAUCUGGAGCUGUCAAUGCUGCUUCUGUCCUUGAGCAAAUUGAGCUCCAAAUAGCUCAAGCUAAAGAGGAAGCUUUUAGCAGAAAAGACAUUCUAGACAAAGUCGAGAAAUGGAUUGCUGCAUGUGAGGAGGAGUGUUGGCUUGAGGAGUAUAACAGGGAUGAAAACCGCUACAAUGCUGGACGAGGCACCCACCUUACUCUGAAGCGUGCUGAGAAAGCUCGUGCCUUGGUUAAUAAGAUUCCAGCAAUGGUGGAGGCAUUGGCAUCAAAAACAAAAGCAUGGGAGAAUGAAAGAGGAACUAUAUUCACUUAUGAUGGUAUUCGUGUUCUCUCUAUGCUUGAAGAGUAUAUCAUCUUGCGGGAAGAAAAGGAGCUAGAACGUAAGAGGCAGAGGGACCAGAAGAAACUUCAGGGACAGUUAAUGGCAGAACAAGAGGCUCGCUAUGGCUCUAAACCCAGCCCUAUGAAGAAUCAAAGUGCCAAAAAAGGUCCUAAAUUGUCAUGUGGUGGUACUCCAAGCAAUAGAAGGCUUUCGCUUGGAGGAACAAUACAGCAAACUUGUAAAACCGAACUCCCACAUUCCACUAAAGCUACCCCAAACUCACGUCAAGCAAAGAAGUCUGAGCUCUUUCAUCAGCUUGACCAAUUUAAUCAUCCUAAGGAUGAUGGAUUUGCAGAAAGAUCAGCAGGGAGAAGAGGAGGUUUGGGUAUUGAUGAACUUCCUUCAAAAAAGCACCCCAUCAGUGCAUUGAAUGGUUCAGAAGUAGACACAACAAUGAUGCGGAAGCCUUUCUCACCCAUUUCUACCACAGAUUCUCCGAAGACCAAUGCAACAAAUAUAUUGGGAGAUGUGAACAGAAAACAGAAUGAGACGGUGGUGAAAACCCUGCUAAGUAACCAUACUACACCGUUCUCCACUCCUGUAAAGACAAUUUCUACUGUUGAAGAAGAGAACAGAACUCCUGCUAGAGCAAUGCCAAUUCCUGUGCCUUCUACUCCAUCAACUGUUUCUGUUCCGAUGCAGACAGCAACACCUGGUCCAGCUGUUGUUCUACCGUAUGAUUCGAAGCUAGCUGAAAAGAUUCCUGUGGAGGAGAAGAUAGAGUAUAGCUUUGAGGAGAGGAGGCUUACAUUUGUCCUUCAGAGAACAUAUUUGUAGAAGUGUCAUACAAGUUUGAUGCCAACUUUAGACGAAAUUGAUUGUUAAUUAAAAGCUUUCAGUAUAUGUAGAGCAGUCAUUAGUCUGUUGGUAUGCUUGAGAAGUCAAUUCAAUUCUAUUGGCUUUUUCUUUGUAGAUACAAACAUUGACUGAAUUUUGAUAAUAAGUAGUGCAAGCAGAUGGACUCCAAUACUGCUGUUAUUCAACCUUUGUUGGAAUUGAAAACCUAACUAUGGCUUUUAACC